AUGACGGGAAUGGUUUGUUUUUUAACUUCUUGUCCUGAUUUUGUUCUUGGGGCUGAGGGAGCGGGGAGCGGCCGAGGGGACCGGCGGGGCUGGGGGAGCGGGGAGCCGCUGCGGGCCCGGCGGGCUCUGGCGGUGCUGCGGGUGCGGCUGUGCCGAGGGCGAGGCGGGGCCGGGGCCGGCGGGCAGCGCUGGCUGAAGCCGGGCGGGCCGACGGGGCCGGGCGUUGCCCGGCGGGCGGUGGAGCGAGAGCGGCCGGUGCGUCCGUUGUCGGGGAGCGCCAGGGAGGGCCAGCGGCUGCCCGGCGCUGUGAACCCCAGCCACUUCCCGGCCAAGCUGCAGCUGGUGAACAGCCCGCGCUGCGGCUCCGUGCGCUGGGAUGCCCGUGGCGAGGGGCUGCUCAUCGACCAGCGGCUCUUCGAGCGAGAGCUGCUGGGCGCGGAGGCGGCCGGCGACGGGGGGCGCUGGCCGCCGAGUCUCUUUAAGACCAAGAACUUCGGCAGCUUCAUCCGGACAACCUGUACGGGUUCCUGCAAGCUGGGGCCGGGACCCGGGCUCGGGCACCUGCAGGACCCGGCGGGGGGCGAUUGCGGCAGCGCCCCCGGGGCCCUGCUCCACUUCCACAGCCCCCAUUUCCGCCGCGACCGCCCCGACCUCCUCGUGCACCUCAAGCGGCGGACGAGCGCCAACAAGGCGAAGCUGGCGGCCGGGCUGGAGCUGCCCAGCCGCCCGGCCCAGCUCUCCCAGUGCCCGCCCUCGACGCUCGGCGAGGCUGCCAGACCCGGACUGGUGACUGCAAGGCAGAUUCCUCAACCUUGUCGUCCAGACAGCUGCUUUCCCAGCUGCAACAGAGCGGCCUCAUGCCAGGACCCCCAUGUUUUUCCAGCCAACAACUUCAGCAGCCUCCGGCCCCCGUCCAGACCAUGGCAGGGUUCUGUUGGGUCGCUGCCAGGGCACUGGGUUUCCCCAGCUUUCCCAGGCCAGGCUCCCUUUCCAGUCAUCCGCAAGUGCUGCACGGAGGUCACAUACACUCUGCAGACGGUGUGCUCCCUUCUGCCGCUUCAGCGAUGGGCUCCAGCUGGUGCUGCCCUUCCAGAACCCGGCAGCUGCGCAUCUCCAGGGCAGUGCUUGCAAGGCCUGGAUCCAACACUCACCCUGCAGUGUUCACCCCCUGCCCAGGGAGCACCUCAGAUUGUCAGCGCCAGUGCUGCGGCUGCGGCGUCCACCGACUGCGUCUUUGUGCAGAGUCCUGAAUUGCAGCCACCUUCUGCAGCUGAAUGCCUGCCCUCUGGCGGGGUACAUCAUGCAUCCGAACAUGAGGAGGUGCUGCCAGAAUUAAGUUAUGAAGAUGUGUUUCAGUUUUUCAAUGAGAUUUAUGCAUCAGACAGCGCUGAUGUAGUGACACCGGAGGCUGCAGAAAGCUGGGGUGGAGAGCUGCUUGAAAGCUACAUCAAUGCGGCCAGAGAAAGCACUGCUGCUGCUGAAACAGCACAAGACUAUGUGACCACCCAGGGAGCCCCUGAAGAACAUGGAGAGCAGCUGGAUCACAACCCAGCUCAAAGAUCUGAAAUGUUUGUUCUGGAAGGACUCUUUAGUGCAGAACAAGAGAAUGGGAGUGUUAAAUGCGGAUGGGUGACAGCAGAGAGAGAACUGACUUCAGGAGCCGAGGCAGAGAUGAAAGCUGCAGAAGAGGCAGGGUCCCCUGGAAAGCGUCCGUGCAGGAAGAGAAGACGCAGCGCAGAGCAGGCACUGCCAUCCCCUCUGGACUUUGGAAUCCACGUUGUGGGAAAUAUUAAUAGUUGUACCUCUUGCCUUUUCUCCUCGAAGGACCAACCUAUGGGGGAGACGUCCCCCCACAUCUUCUACCUCCGCACCAGGCUAUUUACGGAACGACUUACGGAUGAUGGGAUCGAUGAAGACAGUGGAGAAGAUGCAGGCGAAGAUGCCAAUACAGUGCAGCGGCCUGGAUUCGUGGCUUCUGCUUGGUCCUUUAUCACAACCUUCUUCACGUCACUCGUCCCUGAAGGGUCUCCACAGGUUGGCAAUUAA